GCGGUCGAGACGGCGGGGCGCAGGCAGGCCAGGUGUCGGCUUCCGCAAAGGUGGUCUGGGGUGGAGACUCGCGCCCACCUUUCUCAGGUGGUAGGCGCCCGUGUCGGGUCGUCCCUGAGGCCAAGGCCCUGCGGGAUUUAAAGGAAGCGCUUUGGGAAAGGACCCUCAGAAGACGAGGGAAAUGCAGACCUGGACUCCUGGAGGGGAGUCCAGAGUGGCCGCGCCGGCGAGAGGCGCCGUCACCCGUUUUCACUUAUCCGCCUUUACUUCGCGUCUACGCGCGUCAGGCGCGAGCCGGGCUUCGUCGUGGCCGCGGCGCAGUGCGCGGGACGGCCAACCGGACACAGCCACGGCACGUGGGGUCGGCGCCGUGCCUGGGGCGGGGGCGGCCCCCCCCAGGGGCCCGCCGAGGUCAAGGCUUGCAGUGGGGUGGGACAGGCGACCACUGCAGUGCCUUGUGCUGUGGUCCUUUGAGGAGCAAUGACGGAGUAUAAGCUCGUGGUGGUGGGCGCUGGAGGCGUGGGGAAGAGCGCCCUGACCAUCCAGCUCAUUCAGAACCACUUUGUGGAUGAGUACGACCCCACCAUAGAGGACUCCUACCGGAAGCAAGUGGUCAUCGAUGGGGAGACGUGCCUGUUGGACAUCCUGGACACGGCGGGCCAGGAGGAGUACAGCGCCAUGCGGGACCAGUACAUGCGCACCGGGGAGGGCUUCCUUUGUGUGUUUGCCAUCAACAACGCCAAGUCCUUCGAGGACAUCCACCAGUACAGGGAGCAGAUCAAACGGGUGAAGGACUCGGAUGACGUGCCCAUGGUGCUGGUGGGGAACAAGUGUGACCUGGCCGCGCGCACCGUGGAGUCUCGGCAGGCCCAGGACCUCGCCCGCAGCUACGGCAUCCCCUACAUCGAGACGUCGGCCAAGACGCGCCAGGGCAGCCGCUCUGGCUCUGGCUCCAGCUCCGGGACCCUCUGGGACCCUCCGGGACCCCCGUGACCCAGCAGCCCCUCUCGCUGGCGUGGAGGAUGCCUUCUACACGCUGGUGCGCGAGAUCCGGCAGCACAAGGUGCGCAAGCUGAGCCCGCCUGACGAGGGUGGCCCGGGCUGCCUGAGCUGCAGGUGCCUGCUCUCCUGACAGCGGCAUGGGUGCGGGCUGUGGAGGUGCCGGAUGAGACGCGGGCUGAGGAUGCAGGGAAGGAAGGAAGUGCUGCCAGAGCCUGGCCAGCCCAGGUCGGUGGACAGAGUGACCGCGGGCCUCCCGGGACGCUUUGCACAGACUGUCGUGAACUGACGCCGGCGGCCCCCAGUUGUCACUCUCCUCCAGCCCUGUCCUGGCCCACUGGGCACAGGCUGAGUCGCAGUAAAUUAUUUCAUGUCUUGA